AUGAAAAAUCUUAGCAUUAUUGAGGAAUUUGUGCUUCUGGGAUUGUCUGAUGACCCAGAUAUCCAGACCCUGCUCUUUGUUCUCUUCCUGGGAAUGUACUUCCUGACCCUGAUGGGGAACCUGACAAUGAUCCUGGUGAUCAGGGCUGACUCCCACCUCUGCAUGCCCAUGUACGUCUUCCUUGGACAUUUGUCUUUCCUAGACAUGUGCCACUCCUCCGUCACUAUGCCCAAGAUGCUGCAGAAUUUCCUGUCUCAGAAGAAAACCAUUUCUAUGUGGGGCUGUAUCAUGCAGAGUUUCUUUUUCACUCUUUCUGGAGGCACUGAGAGCUGCUUGCUCUCUGCUAUGGCCUAUGACCGCUAUGCUGCCAUCUGUCACCCUCUGCUCUACACUGUGAUCAUGAAUAGACCUCUCUACACGGCAAUGGUCAGUGCAGCAUGGGUGAUGGGGUUGCUGAACUCACUAGUGAAUAAUCUUUGCAUCCAGAACUUACAGUUUUGUGGUCCCAAUAUAAUCUCCCAUUUUAGUUGUGAACUGCCUUCACUCUUUCCUCUGUCCUGCACUGAUACCACAGCUAACACGAUCCUGCUGGCUGGGUCUACUGCAUUUCUAGGACUUCUGACACUUCCCCUAAUCCUCUUCUCUUACUCAAAAAUUAUUUUUGCCAUUCUAAGUAUCUCUUCCUCUAAAAACCAAGGCAAAGCCUUCUCCACCUGUUCCUCCCACCUCACUGUGGUGCUCUUAUUCUAUGGGACAGCUCUAUUCAGGUACAUCAGCCCCUCUUCAGGAUCAGUCCUGGAGCGAGUUGUCUCUAUACAGUAUGGUGUGAUAACAUCCUUGAUAAACCCGCUCAUUUACAGCUUCAAGAACCAGGAGGUAAAGGCAGCCCUGCAGAGGAUGCUGAGGCAGCAGAUAUGGGUCUCAGGGUAA